AUGGCGGCGGUCCCCUCCCCCGACACUCCGGGUGGCCCCAACUUCCUGCGGUGGCUCCAGUUCAGAGUUAGCGGGUUUGAGUGCCCCUCCGUCUACCAGUUGGUGAAUCCAUCGGCAAGGGCGGUGAGUAUCUGCUACUGGGCAGAUGCGAACAGGCGAGCCUAUGGCAUCGUGUGCGCCGCAAUCGACUCCCGCACCAACCAGCAGGCGGCCAUCAAGAAAAUCGGCGACAUCUCAGCAACCCGCUGGACGCGCGGCGCACGUUGCGCGAGAUCCAGCUUAGCACCGAAGUCGCGCGUGCAACUUUGGCCCGCUGCGGCGCAGAUUCUGCGGCACGUGCGGGACCACAGCAACGUCAUUACCCUGCCCACCUCUUCCCGCCGUCGGGAUGUGUGCAUGGUGUAUGAGAUCAUGGACACCGACCUGCACCAGAUCAUCAGCUCGCCGCAGCCGCUGUCGGAUGAGCACAUGCAGUUCUUCAUCUACCAGCUCAAGUACCUGCACUCGGCUGAGGUGGUGCACCGCGACCUCAAGCCCUCCAACCUGCUGCUCAGUGACAACUGCGUGCUGCGCAUCUGCGACUUUGGGCCAGCUGCAUGCCCUACUUCCCCAAAGGAGUAUUUCCCCAGCGCAAGCACGCACGUCAUCGACCUAUUGGACCGGCUGCUCACCUUUGAUCAGCGUGCGAGGCUGCUGAGCGGGCGCCUUCCUGCAAGGCGGCGACUACAACAGGCGCACCGCUUCCCUCCCAGGCUGGACAGCCGACCCCGACCAGCAGCGCAGCUGGCGGCGGCAGGGGUGAAGGAAGGCGCCUCCUGCACCCCCACCGACGACGACACUGCGACCAACCAGCCCGCCACCGCUCCCGCCACCCCAGCCGCCACUCCCCCUGACGUCUACACAGCCUGGCGGCGGCUGGGCAUCGAGGCAGCGCCCAUCCAGCUGCGGCUCUUUGGCACCAUGGUGGACUCGGUGCUGUCUCGUGGCGCUGAGCAGCCAGCGCCUGUGGACCUGGGCAAGCUCGGCGACGCUGCCCAGCGGCGCCAGCUGGCGCAGCUCCAGACGGCGGUGGCGAAGGGCGGCGCCCGCCGGCUGGAGCACUAUGUGCACAACGUGGUGGGCGCCCUCAACCUAGCGCCCGCCAUGUUUGGGCAGCGCGAGACCUACCUGGACGCAGUGCGGCGGCGGCAGGACCGCGAGGCGCUGGCGCAGCUGCACAAUGGCGCCCACUGGGGCACGGAAGAGACUGGCCGCUGGCUGCGGCGCCCCCGAGAGGGGCGAGUCUGCCCCCACUGCCACGCUCUGCCUCCAGUACCCCAAUCUGUUCUCUGA